UCUGUCGCCUUGUCGCUGGUUUUGUGCAACGUUAUAAACUAAUAAACAAUAUCAAAAUGAUCAAGAACGCCGUCUCUUUGGUGACCGGUGGAGCCUCCGGUCUGGGUCGCGCUACAGCCGAGCGUCUGGCCAGGCAGGGUGCCAGCGUGGUGCUCGCCGAUUUGCCUUCCUCGAAGGGCAACGAAGUGGCCAAGGAGCUGGGCGACAAGGUGGUCUUUGUGCCCGUCGAUGUCACCUCGGAGAAGGAUGUGAGUGCUGCCCUGCAGAUCGCCAAGGAUAAGUUCGGCCGCCUGGAUCUCACCGUCAACUGUGCCGGCACUGCGACGGCCGUGAAGACCUUCAACUUUAACAAGAAUGUGGCCCACAGGCUGGAGGAUUUCCAGCGCGUGAUCAACAUCAACACGGUGGGCACCUUCAAUGUGAUUCGCCUGUCCGCUGGACUGAUGGGCGCCAACGAGCCUAAUCAGGACGGGCAACGCGGCGUCAUCGUGAACACUGCCUCUGUGGCUGCCUUUGACGGCCAGAUCGGACAGGCUGCCUACGCGGCCUCCAAGGCGGCUGUGGUGGGCAUGACCCUGCCCAUUGCCCGUGACCUCAGCACCCAGGGCAUUCGCAUCUGCACCAUUGCCCCAGGUCUGUUCAACACACCCAUGCUGGCGGCCCUGCCCGAGAAGGUGCGCACCUUCCUGGCCAAGAGCAUCCCCUUCCCCCAGCGUCUGGGCGAGCCGAGCGAGUAUGCCCAUCUGGUGCAGGCCAUCUUUGAGAAUCCCCUGCUCAACGGCGAAGUCAUCCGCAUCGAUGGUGCCCUGCGCAUGAUGCCCUAGGAUCACUGACAGUAGGACACGACACACAUAUCAAUGAGCUCGAUCAGAUUGCAUUUAUCCCAAUAUGCCCAGAACGUGGCCUUGUAACGCUAACGCCGCCCUGUUUUACUCUAUUUCUAUUAAUUAAGUCAAGAGUUGUUGUAUUCUUCUGCCCCGAAAUUAUGUAAUA